UGUUCCUUUCCCAAGUCGCAAUCCAAGAAGCAAGAGACUCACCAUUUAGUCUCCGUUAACCGGUUUGUCCGUCUGGUUCAGUACUUACACUUUACUCAUACGGUUUUUUGUCAUUAAAAAAUUAAUCAAACAAUUGUUUCUCAAUGAUUGAGAUUAAUAAUCAUAAUUUGUGAUUGAUAUCAUUAUUCAUCGUUGAUUGAAGUAUAAUGAGGUAUUUUUUGAGCCUCGCUUUUUUAGCGAUUUUAUUUAUUAUUGGUGUGUCAUCACAUGGAAGACUUAUUGAACCUCCAUCAAGAGCGUCAAUGUGGCGCUAUGGUUUUGAUACACCACAUGAUUAUAACGAUCAUGAAUGCUACUGUGGUGGUUUUACUAAACAAUGGGUUAUCAACAAAGGCAAAUGUGGCAUUUGUGGCGAUCCAUGGGAUUCAAAACCGCCUCGAGUACAUGAAACUGGUGGAAAAUAUGGUAACAGCGUUAUUGUAAGAAAAUACAAAACUGGAGAUACAAUUCCAGUUCGCGUUGAAUUAACUGCCAACCAUUUUGGAUAUUUUGAGUUUCGAGUAUGUCCAAUGAAAGUACAUGGAAAAGAAGUUACACAAGAGUGUCUUGACAAACAUGUACUAUUGAUGGAGGAUAAACAAUCAAAAUAUUAUCCUGGACCAGGUAAUCGUAUUUUCGAAGGAUAUUUUAAAUUGCCAGAUGACUUGACUUGUGCACAAUGUGUCUUCCAGUGGAAAUAUAUUGCUGGAAAUAAUUGGGGUGAUUGUGGCAAUAACACAAGUGCUGUUGGAUGUGGUCCUCAAGAAGAAUUUCGUGCAUGUGCUGAUAUUGCAAUUGGUGAUAAUCUACCACCAUUACCAACAAGGCCACCAUCAUCAAAACCAACAAAAAAACCAUACAAACCAACAGAACAAUCAAAUCAAACUUCACCAGAGUUCGACGAUACCACUACAACAACGGUAUCAUCGAACUGGUGGUUUCUCCCUAUUGUCAUCGCUUCGACGGGUCUUAUCGUCACUUUGGCAAUCCUUGCUUUACUUUACGCCUACUAUUACCACAUUGCUGGACGAGCUAAGCUUUGGCUAAAAUCAAGAAGACUUGCACCUGAAAAUUCAACAACUAAUGAAUUACCACCAGUGGCACCACCUCGACAAAAACGUACUUUAUCAAAUAAUUUACAUCUUUAAAAUUUAAAACUAAUUAUCAUUGUUCAACCGUCUUUUUUUUUUUUUUGUCAUCAUUUUGUAUAUAUAAAAAAUAGUUCAUCUUAUUUAUUUGCCAUUUUUAAUUUUUUUUAAAAAUUCAUCUUUUUUUUUAUUGUUUUUCUUUUUUUGUUUUUUUAAAUAUGACUUUUCUUUUUUUUUUAUUUAUCUUAUGAUGUAUUUUAAUAUUAAGAAAAAAUAAUAACAAUAAUUUGAAAA